AUGAGUACGAAGAGGAAAUCAUCAUCAGAGACAGAAUCAUCAGAAAAUCAUCUGCUAAAAAAAGAUAGAAAAGAACAAGAAACUGACUCUGAUAAGAGCAAAAAGGUGGCGAUAGAGGACGUGAGGAAACCGACCACAAGAAAAUCAUCAACAGACAAAGGACCACAAAAACAUGAUCAACCGAAAAAAAGUAGAACUGAUCAAGGUGGUGACUCUGAUAAGACAGAUAGAACACCGAUGAAAGCGGAAGUAAGGGGACUGACAACAUUACAAUCAUCAAUAGAAACAAGACAACAAGAACAUGAUCAGCCGAAACAUUGUCGAACUGAACAAGGUGGUAACUCUGAUAAGACAGAUAGAACGCCGAAGAAAGAGGAAGUAAGGAGACUGACAACAAGACAAUCAUCAACAGAAACAAGACAACAAGAACAUGAUCAGCCGAAAAAAUGCAGAACUGAACAAGGUGGUGAUUUUGAAAAGACGAUAAAAAAAGCGAUGAAAGAGGAAGAAAAGAAACCGACAACAAGAAAAUCAUCAACAGAGACUAAACAACAAGAACAUGAUCAGCCGAAAAAACGCAGAACUGAACAAGGCGGUGACUCUGAUAAAACGAACAAAAAGACGAAGAAAGAGGAAGAAAGGAAACCGACAACAAGAAAAUCAUCAACAGAGACUAAACAACAAGAACAUGAUCAGCCGAAAAAAGACAGAACUGAACAAGGUGGUGACUCUGAUAAGACGAACAAAAAGACGAAGAAAGAGGUAGAAAAGAAACCGACAACAAGAAAAUCAUCAACAGAGACUAAACAACAAGAACAUGUUCAGCCGAAAAAAGACAGAACUGAACAAGGUGGUGACUCUGAUAAGACGAACAAAAAGACGAAGAAAGAGGUAGAAAAGAAACCGACAACAAGAAAAUCAUCAACAGAGACUAAACAACAAGAACAUGUUCAGCCGAAAAAACGUAGAACUGAACAAGGUGGUGACUCUGAUAAGACGAACAAAAAGACGAAGAAAGGUAAGAAACAUUGCACAACUUGGAACCCUGAUUCACUUUAG